AUGUCGGGACCAUCGACGCUGCUCAACCCGGCGGCACGCUCCAAUGCCGUGUCGCAGCUGCGCGCCACGUCGGCACUCAAGGGCAACCACCCGCGCCAGUCGUCGUCGUCGGGCGUGUACAACACCUUCUCGCCCAAGCAGAUCCAGGGCUUCAAGGAGGCCUUUAACAUGAUCGACCAGGACGGCGACGGCCUCAUCUCGCGCGCCGACCUCGCAGGCAUGCUCCAGAACCUCGGCCAGGAGCCCAAACCCUCCACCCUCGACGCCCACUUUGCCUCGGCCGGCUCCUCGUCGUCGUCGUCGGGCAGUGCCAGCGCCACGAUCAACUUUACCCAGUUCCUCACCAUGUUCGGCGAGCACCUCGCCGAGCUCGACGAGGCCUCGACCCUCGUCGACGCUUUCGAGUGCUUUGACGAGCGCGACCAGGGCGUCAUUGAUGCCGGAGAGAUCCGAUACUGGCUCAGCGAGGUCGGCGACCGCAUGACUGAACAGGAGAUCGACCGCCUCCUCUCGGGCCCCUUUACUGACCGAUCCGGCAAAAACUUUGACUACAAGGCCUUCGUCGAGGCCAUCAAGAUGUCGGAACCUGCCGAGCUGGAAUGA